AUGAGCAAUAUACACAGGAGAGCCAACACUCGUGUGCUUGCAAAACCCCCUACAAAUAACAACCUUAACGCUAAUGUCGACAACGGCGUAUUACAGAAGGAACUAUUAGAAGAGCAGAAACAGGAGAUCUAUGAAGCUUUCUCCUUGUUUGACAUGAAUAACGAUGGAUAUUUAGACUUCCAUGAGUUUAAAGUUGCCUUAAGAGCUCUAGGUUUCGAGUUGGAUAAAAGAGAUAUUCUUGAUAUUAUUGAUAAAUACGAUACUGAUGGCCGUCGUCAGAUCUCAUACGAUGAUUUCUACCUAGUUGUUGGUGAUAUGAUACUACAGAGGGAUCCAUUGGAUGAGAUUAAAAGAGCUUUUAGGUUAUUUGACGAUGAUCAUACUGGUAAGAUUAGUAUUAAGAAUCUAAAACGAGUAGUUAAAGAAUUAGGAGAAAACCUUACAGACCAAGAACUUGCUGCUAUGAUAGAUGAAUUUGAUCUAGAUGGAGAUGGCGAAAUAAACGAAGAGGAGUUUAUCUCGAUAUGUACUGACAGCUAA